AUGUCAUCGUCAAAACGAAGAGCACCGCUCAGCAUUGACUUCAUAAUAGUUGGAGCUGGUAUUGCUGGCCUGGCCACCGCGUUUAGAUUAUGCCAGGCAGGGCAUCGUGUUCGUGUUUUCGACAAGGCUGCAGGGCCAAACCGACGCGCUGGUGGUACCCAUCUCCCACCUAAUGCUACCAAAGUUUUGAUGGAUUGGGGAUUCAAGGACGAACUACUGAAACACGGACUGAGCACACGUGCUAGCACAUUCAUUUCAAUUGAUACUGGAAAAGUCAUAGGAUGCCUCGAAUGGAAGGAAGAUGUUCUUCAGGAGACAGGAGCGGACUAUAUGGUUAUAAGUUAUCGUGACCUCUACGAUAUGCUACAUCGUGCAGCGAUCAACGCGGGUGCCCGUAUUACAUAUGGCACAACGGUCACCAGCGUGCACGCAGACCCGCCCCGCGUUGAGCUUCAGGAUGGCACCGUCCUCAAAGCAGAUAUGGUUAUUGGCGCUGAUGGUCCACGAAGUACAGUCCGCGAAGCGGUCGGAGGGUGGUCAAGCGAAGAGGUGCCAGAAGGGCACAGUGCUUACGUUGCGAUUAUAUCCCGGGAUGUCCUUCAAAAUGACCCCGAGCUCAGCGACCUGACGCGAUUUCAUGAAAAUAGACCUGACUACCCGAUAUGGACUGGAGACUCUAGACAUGUCAUAGCCUUCACGGUGGCAGGAGGGGCUGAAUUUGCGAUCCAUGCAUUUUUACCUGACAGCGAGGUUGACGGCAUCGGUGACAAGGAUGGUUGGGAUGUGAUCGUACCUCGAGAAAAGCUCCCUUUUCAUUUUGAACCGAAGUUGCAGCGCUUGCUGGAUAUACCUGCUACGUAUCAGAGGGUGCGACUUUUCCAAAGAGAAUGCGCUGAAGAAUGGACAGAUGGAUCAGGAAGGCUGCUCAUUAUGGGAGAAGCUGCCCAUCCAUUAUAUCCUUGCGUUCUACAAAGUUGCAGUAUGCAAAUAGAGGACGCUGAAGUGCUCGGCACCCUCUUCUCUCGAUUACGAGCCUGGGAUCAAUUACCUCACUUAGCUGAAGCGUUCCAGGAGCUGCGCGAACCACGUACGCGCGCCAUAUAUGCAAAGGAGACGAAGGCUUUUGAUACGGUAUGGGUGGGUCCUGGGCCACAACGUGAUGCACGAGAUCAGGCCCUCUACGGCAUGAUGGUGGAAGGGCACAAGGGCUGGGACGAGUCGAAAAUGCGCUGGCAGUGGGAUGAGAUUUGCGAGGUCUUCGGCUAUAAUGCGCGGGACGCAGCUGAAGACUGGUGGGUCAUGUGGGGUAUGUUGAGAGAAAGAAGUAUAACAAGGGAAGGAUAUUGUCCUUCCAGUUAUACUGUGCCUUUCUGUAUGGGGGCAACCGUUACACAUUACGCAGAGCUGCGUAACUGAUAUCCGGUCAUGGUUUCCAGUUAGACAUCUUGUGUCGUGCAUGUGUAGAAGAAACGGAGAAAAAAUUAUACCCACCGCCACGUACUACUGUAGGAUACGUAGUAUACCCCACAUUUUCUCAAUGUUCUUGAGUCAACAUAUUCUGCAUAUCAUUCAUUGCAAAGGGUCCAUCAGCUCUGACACUAGUCCACACUCAUGAAUUUCUACUGAGUCCAAAAUCCGAAUAGGGGGCAAUGAUCCCAUG